UUUGAGUCCAAUAGGAUGCAUGGUGUUACAUUUGGCUUCCAUCCGCUGCAGUGAAGGUUGGUCUGCGUGCAAACAAUAAAAUUGACCACCUGUACCAAAAAACAAAAUAACCCAACAGAAUCCAAAUGGAAAACGACGAGUAUAUAUGUAAAAUACAUGAUACAACUCCCUCUGGUAAUUAACUUGAUUCAUCAAAAUAAAGUUGGAAGAUGACAAAUUAAUCUCAUAAAGCAGCAGAUAACAAUCGGUUAGCGUACUGUUAAAUGUUAAUCACCCAUCCCUCAUUAGAGAUAGAAAAGUGAUGGAUUAUUGCGUUGCGGGUAUGCAAUCGAAUUUUAAAUUGAAUAUUUGGAUAUUGAUGAUAUAUUUGUUUGAUUAUUACUGUAUCUUGAAUUACAAAGUGUUGUUUUAGUGUAAUGUCAUUACUUGUAAACAUAUGUUAGAUGAGAUUGAUACAAUUUAUAAAUAUAUGUAAUUACUCUAAAUACUUAAUAUAUAUGUAAUUACUCUAAUUACUUAGUUUUUUAUUUUAAUUACAUCAUAGAUUAACUAUAAUAAAAAUACAAUUAAAUGAUAAUUUUCAUUUCUUGAAUAAUUUAGCUUAGUUUAUCAAGGAAAAAAAAAUACUCUAGUGGUAUAAUCCAAGUAUCACAUCGGAAAUACAAGGAAAAAAAAAUACUCUUAUAUGUUAGUGUCUACCUAGCCCAAUUAGUAUGAGACAUUUCAAGGUCGAUACCCAAAAGUAAAACCGUGCGGGUUUGACCCAAAGGGAACAAUAUCGUACUAAUGAAGCUACCCAACCUCAACAAAUUGUAUUAUAGCAUGUUCGAAUUCAGUUACAUACGUUCGGGGUGGUAGAUGUCAGUUCGGUAGACACUCAUUCAGUGACCUCGGGAUUUUGAGAUAUGCAUAUGUUUGGUGGAUCCAAUAGAGAUCCACGUAUGUUUGAUAGGAGAUUCACAUCUAUCAGGCAGAUCAAGGAUGAUCUGCAUAUGAUAAAUCCUUGUGUAGAGUGAGGUUUGCAAUACAAGGUGUCUAGCGAAUCAAGAUUAUCAUUGAGAGAUGACACAUAGUUUGCGAUAUUCUUUUCUUCAGGGGAGGAUUGUCAUGGUAAAAUUCAAGAAUCUCAUCGAAAAUACAAAGGAAUGGAGUCUUGUAUAUUAGUGUACCCAGGCACCCAGAUGAAUUAGUACGAGUCGUUUUGGGGAGGAUACCCAAAAGUAAAUCCAUGCGGCCUUGACCCAAAGCACACUAUAUCAUACUAAAAGAAGCUACCGAUCUCAACAGUGUGUGUAUCAUCAAUCGACAUGUCCCAACCCGAGAUCAAAAUAAAAAUAUAUCUAAUAUGAAAUGGAACUACCAUACUUGUGCACUUAUAAGCAGCAAGCAACAAGAAAGCCCAUUAAAAAAUAUAAUAAUACCCCAUCACAUGUACAAAGGAGGGGGGAAAACAAAAAGAAGGCUUAUCAAAAUCCAGCUUUAAUUUUAAUUUGCCAACCUCCCUCCCCAGCCCCUCUUCACGAGACCAACGUGGUCUCUCACUCUCUAUAAAAACCCACCACCGUCUCCCUUCCUCCUCCUCCUUCCGACCACCGCCAACAACAAAUGUCGUCGGAUCCAUGUCCAUCCAACCACGGCCGGCCCAACUCCUCCGCCCGCCGCAGCCGGUCGGGCGUCCCGUCAGUGGUUGUCGGGAGCAAGCGCAGCGCGGGGGACAAUAACAAUGUCGGUUCUUCGGCGGCGGGGGCGCCGUGCGGCGCGUGCAAGUUCCUGAGGAGAAAGUGCGUGAGCGGGUGCAUCUUCGCGCCGCACUUCGGGUCGGACCAAGGGGCGGCGAGGUUCGCGGCGGUGCACAAGGUGUUCGGGGCGAGCAACGUGUCCAAGCUGCUGCUCCACGUGCCCGUCAACCGCCGGAACGAGGCGGUGGUGACGAUCUCGUACGAGGCUCAGGCCAGGCUCUCCGAUCCGGUCUUGGGCUGCGUCUCCACCAUCCUUACCUUGCAGCAGCAGGUAGCAUCUCUGCAGGCCGAGCUAGCAAUGGUGCAGAACCAGCUCAUAAACAGCCGAUACGCCAUGGCCAAUGUUCUCCACCACAACAACUCCUCUCAGCAUCAACAAGAACAGCAACAGCAGCAAGUCGCUUUCCUUCAGCCAGCUUACUCCAACAACUCAUCGGCCUCCACCAACCUACUCAACCUCAGCAGCUUCACCACCACCACCUCCAACUUCGACCUUGUCCCUGAACCCGCCGCCGCCGCCGCCGUCGGCGGAGGCGGCUUAGAGCCUCUCCACAUUACUUUGCCGUCGCAGAACGAUGAGGAUGACGAGGAGGAAAGCCACAUUAUCCCCGGCUGCUUUCGGUAGGAGAUUUGAUUUGGUCUCUCUGUAGCUACGUACAAAGAGCUUUCCGUCAGUUCAGUGUACUCUUGUACGUGUUCCUUGUCUGAUUAUCCAUGGACAUUCGUUAGUAGAUUAUUUACAUACGUAUACGUGUAUAAGAAUUUUACCUCUUAUAUCAUACUUCUCUGUCCAGUUUUCUUUUCUUCACCAUUCAGAUUUCAAAAUUUUGUUUCAUUUGUUUGAGCGUUUUAAGUUGAGGCCUACUUACUUUCAAAUACUUAAGCGCCAUGUAGUAAUCAUUUUUUAUUCCUGUGGUUUCUGACUAGGGGUGGGUAAUGGAAAGGGUGAGUGGCUUUUUAGUGUCAAAUUAACUCAUCCGCUUAUCAGCGAGUUAGUAUUAUUAUAAUUUGUUAUUCGCUCUCAUUUUCUUUUUCUGGGUUGGGUUGAGUGGAUGAAAUAUGGAUGCGGGUUAGUUGUGGUCAACUCAAAAAAUCAAUUCUCCAACUAGCAAUAAAAAAAGUUCGUUAACGUAUAUAAUAAGUUUUUUCACAAAUUAGUAAGAGUAUAUCAAUUUAAACGCUUCUCAAUUUGUCUCCUAUGGAUCCAUGUAGUAUUUGCAUUAAAAUUUUCAUUACUCCAUAAAGUAAUUGGGUAGAGAAAAUUAACGCUUCUUGCGACUUUGAUGCACUUAAUAGUUUAUAAUUUGCAUCACAAUCUCUAAUGGACAUUACACAAUAUAGUAACAAAUAGUAGUAGUCCAAAGAUACUUGUUAUUCUCCAUAUUUAAAAGUCAACGGUCGGUCGGUAUGUAGUGUGAUUAAUGACUAUUUUAUAAUAUAUAUAAACGAGAAAUAACAUUUUUGUCAUAUGAAAAAUAUGGUGUGGGUCGUUCGGGUCACCCGUAAUCCACCAACCCUCUUCCUCAUUUCCCAAUCUCUAAUGGGCUAAUCCACCUUCUUCCUACACACAACAUCACCGUUGCCACCUCAUUUCCAGAAAUUCAUGCUCCCCUCCAGCAAACACCUCCACCCCUCGAGGAGCUCUUCCCGCUCCCGCCUAUGCAAUGCAAACAUUGCGACCUUGACAGUCUUCGUCACCCUCUCCGCUAGAAGAAAGAAGAAUCAGUUUCGUGGUAUGUUGCCUCAUUCAUCCCGCACCUAUAUUUAUAGGGUAGAAUCCAUGCAUUGUUUUACAAUAGGUUGUCUCUAUCCAUAAAUUGUCCUUAUCUAUAAGGUUGCAACCGCCCCUAAAUCAAAUGUCAGGGUCCCUUCAUGGAAUUAGAAUAUUUGAUUUGGGCGGUCUAACUCUAAACCAAUUUGGUUGGUCCAAUGCCAAAUUGAUUUGGUUGGUCAAACCUUAAACCAAUUUGAUCCGGUUCAACAAAAUUUUGCAACACAAAAGAUAUGCCAAAUCGACAGUUGCAGUAGUAGUUGAUGAUACACUAGAGAAUAGUGGUGGUGAAGGCAAGGAGAUCAUAGCGGUGGCUGAUGUUGAUGGUUGAGAAGCUGCAAACGCGGCCAACAAAUGGAUGGUGCUCCCAUAGGAGAAUACCACACGAGGUAGAGAUCGCUAUGAUGACGAAUCAGGUUGAGAUGCUGAAGAGUUACGUUUUUGGAUGUGGGGAUUCAGUGAUCUAUGGGAUAUGUUAUUGUUGUUUGUUGAAUUUGAUGAUGCAGAAUAACAAGAACACUAGACAAACGAUUUUACAUGGUAUCCUUUUUCGAUGUGAACAUAACUAAUUCAUGGUGAGCUUUGAAGAGCUCACGGCUAAUCUUUUAUUAGGUUUACAUUGUGACGG